AUGGCUACUAGGACUCAAUUCGAAAAUUCCAACGAAGUUGGUGUGUUUUCCAAGCUAACGAACUCUUACUGUUUGGUUGCUCUUGGUGGAUCAGAGAAUUUCUAUUCUGCUUUUGAAGCUGAAUUAGGUGAUGCUAUUCCUAUCGCCCACACCACUAUUGCUGGUACCAGAAUUGUUGGACGUAUGACUGCUGGUAACCGUAGAGGGUUAUUGGUUCCUACACAAACCACAGACCAAGAGUUACAACAUUUGAGAAACUGUCUACCAGACUCUGUUAAGGUGCAAAGAGUGGAAGAAAGAUUGUCUGCAUUGGGUAAUGUCAUCUGUUGUAAUGACUACGUUGCUUUGGUGCAUCCAGAUAUCGACAGGGAAACCGAAGAGUUGAUUGCAGAUGUCUUGGGUGUCGAAGUUUUCCGUCAAACCAUUUCAGGUAACGUCCUUGUAGGCUCAUACUGUGCUUUGUCCAACCAAGGUGCCCUUGUGCAUCCUCAGACUACUGUUCAAGACCAAGAAGAACUUUCGUCCUUGUUGCAGGUCCCAUUGGUCGCCGGUACUGUGAAUCGUGGUUCUCAGGUUGUUGGUGCAGGUAUGGUCGUCAACGACUAUCUAGCUGUCACCGGUCUUGAUACCACUGCUCCAGAACUAAGUGUUAUCGAAUCCAUCUUCCGUCUACAAGAUGCUCAACCAGAUGCUAUCUCUGGUAACUUACGUGAUACCUUGAUUGAAACCUACUCGUGA